UCUCGCGGUGCUGAUUACAGUGUUCCCUGUUGUAGAAAAAGGACAACAGCAUGGGGGAAGCAGAGGUUGUUGCAGCCGACGAAAAACAGGCAGAAUCGGGGAUCUGUGCCAUCGACGACUCGGUGGUAUGGAGUCAAGAAGUCGAGGUGUGCCUGUUCCAUGCAAUGCUAGGUCACAAACCCGUAGGGGUAAAUCGACACUUCCACAUGAUCUGCAUCCGGGAUAAAUUCAGCCAGAAUAUUGGUAGGCAAGUUUCAUCAAAGGUGAUCUGGGACCACCUGGGAACUAUGUAUGACAUGUCUGCCCUGCAUGAGUCUGAAAUAUUGCCAUUUCCCAACUCAGAGAAGAGCUUCAAUCUUCCCGAUGAAAUUAUUCAAGAUGUAAAAGAAGGUAAACUGGGAUCAGAGGACGACAUAAAAGAUGAGUUCAAAGAAGAACGAGAUCCCCCAGCCACACAUGAAGAAGGCAGCAACUCCUCAGUGAAGAUGACCGAGAGGGCGGGCAGCAAAGACAAGGAGCGGGAGAGAGACAGGGAGAAGGGCUCUGCUGAGGGUUUCCCGGGGAAGGAGGCAGCAGACAAGAGGAAGAGGAACAGGGCCACUGACAAGGUUCUCAGUUCCAGCAGCAACCCGUCCAGCCCCGGCGGGGCCAAGAGGAGGAGGACGUAGACCAAGACACACAGGGGUGCCCUUGAGAUACCAACCGCUGCAGGGAGCAGGAGACCCACGGGGGUGGGGGGUGGGGGGGGGGGGAGAGAGACCAGGGAGUGGAGAGAGACUCUUCUGAAAGAUGGGUCGAGGGGAUCCAUGGAAUGACAGGGGAGAGAAUAAUGUUACUCAUAGGUAAUAGAGAGGCUAUUUGGACAACGCUGCAUUUGUCUACCUGUGACAUGUCAUGAAGAACGUUUAGCCCCCACCCAAGCUGCAGUUUUAGACGCAUGUUGUGUUUUCUCAUACCAAGUAGAAAGAUGGAGCAUUGCUCAGUUCCACAUGAUCUUUGAAGCCACAAUGCCAUAGCUACACCAACCGCCCUGAAUGUCAUUGGUCGUGACGAUCGAUCUACUGUAACAGCAUGUGGUAUUGUUGAACGAUCCCCUUUCUCCAGUCCUCCGCUGCUCUGUGGUUAAGAGGCCAGGAUCCCAGAAAUGUUUACACAGUUUAAGCUGACAUUCUGCACACCAGAAUGAGUGUCAAGGUACAGUAGUGUUUAAGUUGUGUAAACUUCUCUUGUUUGGCUUUGGAGAAAUGCAGAACUCCUAAAUCACAGCAAUACACGCAAUGUAUGGUAUUGGCUGGACACGUGUUCAUUGACUCCUUUUCUUCUGAAUGGUUAUAAGUGGUUAUAAGCAGGGAUAGUACUGCACCUCGUCCAGCUCUUCCAGAGACUGCCAACCAGAUUGUCAUUUUAUUUUCUGUUUGAGUGUAUAAAAUGUAGUUGCCACUUGUUUGUGGGAAAAAAAGGUGGAAAUUCCAUUUUGCUACAGUCAUUGUGUUAGUGAUUCUGUACUUGAGGGUUACUGAAUCUGCAUGUUUUGGUUAUUUCCAAAGUGUAUUUCUUUUUCUCUCUCUCAAAGACUCACUCUUCAGAGUUUAAUAAAUGAUGUCAGUUUAGCUGUAGUCUACAUCCAUGUGAUGGUUUUAUUUAAUUUUCUAUUUAUUUGACAUGUCAUUAAAUAUGAGUUUUGACCAAGUUU